AUGAACUAUGACCUGAAGAAACUAGCCUCGUGUUUGUGUGGCUCCGCUCCAUGUCUCCUCUGUGGCUGUUGUCCUUCUUCCAAUAACUCCACCGUCACCCGGCUGGUCUUCUCUUUCUUCCUCCUCCUGGGGACACUGGUGUCUGUAAUCAUGAUCUUGCCUGGCAUGGAGACGCAGCUCCGCAAGAUUCCUGGCUUUUGUCAAGGAGGUACCACAAUACCAGGAAUCGAGAACCAUGUUAACUGCGACGUGAUUGUAGGCUACAAAUCAGUGUACCGCAUGUGCUUUGCUAUGGCAUGCUUCUUUUUCCUGUUUUCCGCAAUUAUGAUUCGUGUAAAGAGCAGCAAAGACCCUCGUGCCACUCUUCAGAAUGGGUUCUGGUUCUUCAAGUUUCUGAUACUUGUUGGCAUCACCGUCGGAGCCUUUUUCAUCCCGGAUGGAACAUUUCAUGAUGUUUGGUUCUACUUUGGUAUUGUGGGCUCCUUCAUGUUCAUCCUGAUCCAGCUCAUCCUCCUGAUCGACUUUGCCCACUCCUGGAAUGAGGUGUGGGUGAGGAAUGCUGAGGAAGGCAACAGCAAGUGUUGGUUCUCAGGUCUGUUGUUCUUCACUGUCCUGCAUUACGCACUGGCCUUUGCGGCAGUCGUGCUGUUGUAUCUCUACUACACCAAACCUGACAACUGCGCCGAACACAAGUUCUUCAUCAGCUCCAACCUUAUUCUCUGCGUCAUCAUAUCUGUGGUUUCUAUUCUGCCAAAAGUGCAGGAUGCCUCACCUCAGUCUGGUCUGCUUCAGUCCUCUAUUAUAACUCUGUACACUAUGUACGUCACCUGGUCAGCCAUGACCAACAAUCCUAAUCGUGAAUGUAACCCUAGUUUGCUCAGCCUGGUGUCCAAUAUCAGCACAACUGAGGCCAUGCCUACAAGCUCCCCUGGGAUGGUGCAGUGGUGGGAUGCUCAAGGCAUUGUGGGAUUGGUUAUCUUCCUCUUCUGCACCUUUUAUGCCAGCAUCCGUUCAUCCAGUAAUGCUCAGGUGAACAGGCUGAUGCAGACAGAGGAAGGGAAGGGCACUGUGGGAGGGGAGGAGGUGGGCGAAGACGGACUGCGGCGUGUUGUGGAUAAUGAAGAGGACGGCGUCACAUACAACUAUUCCUUUUUCCACUUCCACCUCUUACUGGCCUCUCUCUACAUCAUGAUGACACUCACUAACUGGUACAAACCUGAUAUAACCACUCAGGCCAUGCAGAGCACUAUGCCUGCAGUGUGGGUGAAGAUCAGCUCCAGCUGGCUGGGUCUGGGGCUCUACCUGUGGACACUUGUGGCUCCUGUCAUUUUCCUCAAUCGAGACUUCAACUGAGCUUGAGUGGGUGAGAGACUCUCACCUAUUCAACCUGGCCAUGUUUGUGCUAUGUUAGAAAUAUUACAAUCUCCAAGACUGUAAGCAAUUAGAAUCUGAAACAGACUAUUGGUGACUAGUCUCAUAGGCCUAGUAGGUACACAUAUAAAAAUGCAUGGACAACAACAAAAGUAUAUGAUGCCAUGACAAGUAUUUAAAAAAUGACACUUAAAGGGUUAGUUCACCCAAAGAUGAAAAUUCUGUCAUUAA